AAAGCCAACGAUCUAGCGAAACCCUAAUUUGAGGUUCCUAAAACCCUUAAGUUGCAGGCGGAGUGGUUUAUAGCUUUAAGGUUCAGAAGGUGAUACAGUGAGAGAGGGCUGUUAUGCCCAAAACCCUAAGUGGUGCGCAUACGCUGAGCCCCGCUCUUCUCGCUUUAAGGCCUCGCCAGGUUGCUCUCACCGCGUUAGACAUGAAGCAAAAUAAGGCUAAUGCCUCACCCGAUAAUAUGACUCUGCUCCUGCACUCAGUCGCAUGCUUUCUCGAGCACAACGGUUUCUCCAAAACCCUGAAGAAGUUUUGCUCUGAAGCCAAAAUCGAGAUAGAUGCUUCAAAGAGCUCAUUACUGGACUUGGAAGAACUAUUCAACAAGUAUUUUGACAUCUGUAAUGAUGCCAAGACAGAUUUCAAGAACCAGAAAGUGCAAGAAGUAAAAGUGGUGGAUUCGCUGCCUGAGGAGCCUGAAAAUAAUGAGAAAAAGAAAAAGAAGUCAAUUUCUGAACCAGAAUCGCUGCCUAGUGCAACUGAAGAACAAUUUAAAGAAUCUUCUAUGGAGGACAAAGAAGUCACUUAUUCUAGAAAAGAGAAGAAAACCAAGGACAAGAAAAAGAAUAAGUUGUCAACUUCUGGUUCUCUUCCUAAUGACAAUGAUUCCAAUACUGCAAACUCUACUGUAUUGUGUGCUCAUGACACUGUGAAAGAGAAAAGUUCCAAAUCUAAAACUAAGAAGAAAAAGAAGGUUGAUUUGGCUUUGGAAGGUCCGGGUGUGAAUUCAAAGGAUGAAAAUGUACUUGUUUUAAAAGGGGACGAUGUUAAGAUCUCUAGCACAGAUGCUACUUGCAAGGAUGAUAAAGGUUCUAAGAAAAGAAAAAGAUUGGUUUCUGAAGAUAAUGAUUUGAAGCCAGCAGAUAAAAUAGAUGCUGACGAAUCUAAACGCAGAAAGAUUGAGGAUGUGGAGAACUUUAAAGGGAACAAGGAGCUUAAUGGGCAUGAAAAUGGGAACAUAGAUAAAAGUGCUGAGAAGCCUUCCUUGCAGAAAACCAAAAAGAAACAACUUAAUGGCUCAGCUGAGCCAAAGACUGUUAAUGCAUUUCAAAGAGUAAAAGUAGAGGAAGUGGUAUUUACUGAUGAGAGGCUUAAGGAUAACUCUUACUGGGCAAAGGAUGGUGCAGAUAGUGGUUAUGGUGCUAAGGCGCAAGAAGUUCUUGGGCAAGUUAGGGGGAGGUUACGCUUUUAGAACCUCAUUCAGAAAAUACACGACAGAGAUUCAAAUUUCCAAAGAAACGUUGAGGAAAAGGAUAAUUUCAUGUUGAGGGUGACGGUUGUUUUUGAAAAGUGGAUGAAUUACUCCCUAUUGCAUUUUUUUAAAAAUUUCUUUAUAUUUAUUAUAUUUGUAGCUUUUUGUUUGAUUAUUUAUGAUCUCCGGCUUGUGAUAGUUUUUGAAGUCUUGAGUCUGUAGUCUAGCCCAGUUUAGCAUUUUUUUUUAAAAAAAAAAUAAUAAAUAAAAGAAGUGGUUGUAUAUAUAACUUGAGUUUUCCAAAAAGUGUCAUCUUUACAUUCACGUGAAAUUCUUGUUGUGAAGCGAUGAAAAUGUGAGCUCAAAUUUCUGUAUGUGACAUAUAAUUUGGAUGGCUAUGCAUUAUACUCA